AUGUCAUUGAUUGGUGAUGUUGAAAUGCAUACAAUCGACGAACAGCUUCAUAAUUUAAGUUGUACGAUCGAAAGAUGUGAUAUAUCUAUUCAAGAAUAUCGAAAAGAGAUAAAAUACGUCGUAUAUACGCGAAAGUUACAAGAAUUGAAAAAUUCACCGAACCCACCGCAGAGUGGAAUUCAGAUUAGUAUUGAUAGCUGGAAUGAAAGCAUACAAAAAAUCAAUCAGUACAGAAUCAUGAUCGGCAAAUCAAUCGAAAACAUUUGCGAUUCAUUAAUUAACAUUGAAACUAUGGUUGAUCAUCAAUUGUGCAAAUGGAAACGAGAUCAAUUAAUGACCUGUUAUGGUGAUUGUAAUACAACGACGAAAAUCGAUCCCAACGAAAAAAACUCAAAUCUCAAGAAAGUCCUCGAUGGCAUUCAGAUGCGUUAUGAAUAUCUUUUAAACAGCGUCGUGAAUGCACGCAAACUUUUAAACGUCAUUAAUUACACACACAUCGAUGCAAAAAUAACCGACGUAUUGGAACAGGAAAACACAAAAAUUAAUAAUCUCAUGCAUAAAAUGGUAUCGAAUAGUUUGAUCUUAGAGGAACAACCGACACAGGUUAUCAAAAAGGAUGUCAGAUUCGCGGCGAGUGUUCGUCUACUAUUGCCCAACUUUAUUAAAAUGGAUAAGGAUGAUUCAACUGUUAAGGUGUCGCUAUUAUCGACAUCUCAAGCUCAAUUGCAACACAAUUGUGCAUUUCCAUUGGAAGAAUCAUCUGGCGAGGUUGUUACUCAAACGGCAAAUUUUACAAAAGAUCGAUCGAAUCCAGAACGUGUUACGUGCAAGCUACACAAUAUGCAAAUAUCCAAAGUGGAAAGAAGAACUGGAAAGAAGACAAACGUUAAUGUAACGGAUGAAAAAUUCGCCUUGCUCUUUAAAUCCAAAUUUCAAAUCGACGGCACACCAUUGAAUCUUUGGACCCUUUCACUGCCAAUUGUUUUCACCGUCCAUGUAAUACAAGAACCUCACGCGUAUGCCACAAUCUUUUGGGAUAAUAUGUUUUUUGGCGAAAAUCGCAUUCCCUUUACUGUUUCCGAUCGAGUGCCAUGGCAGAAAAUGGAAUGGGAAUUGAGUGUAAAAUUUUAUCAUCUGACGGGCUGCCUUUUAUCCAAAGAACAUUUGCAUCAUUUGUAUGAAAAAUGUUGUGCAGCAAAUCUAGUAGAAAAUGAUGAAAUAUCUUGGUUAGAUUUUGGAAAAACUAAAAUAUACGAUCAAUUUCCAUUCUGGGAUUGGUUUUACGCAAUUUUGAAACUUACUCGUGAAUAUCUUAGAGACGCUUGGAAGAACGGAUUAAUUGAAGGGUUCGUUAGCAAAAGUAAGGCCGAAAAAAUGUUGCUCGAUUGUCAGCCGGGGACGUUUUUAUUUCGAUUUUCCGACACUGAACUGGGUGGUAUCUCAGUUGCAUGGGUCGAAGAAAAUGACGGAAUGCUGGAAGUAAAACAUCUGGCACCAUUUAUAAAUAGAGACUUUGAAAAUAAUGAUAAACGACCAAAUAAAGAAAAUGUUCGCAAAAUUGGGGAUCUGAUCAAACAUAUAAAAGAGUUUAUUUAUAUCUAUCCUGGAAUUCCAAAGGACAAAGCUUUUCGAAAACAUGUUACAACAACUUCAACCAAUGUUAAAACGAAUGGCGACUAUGUCAAUUUAAAACGCCUGUUUGUUGUGCCAUCUGAGCGACCGAUCGUCAGUUAUUCCAAUUCGCCUAAUAUGACAUCAGUUUCAAGCGAUAGAUUCGAUGUUCCACAACCAGUAAUCACACAACGAUCCUUUGAUCCCAAUCAAAUGUGACAAUGACGC